AUUCAACUCCAAGACCGACAUCCACGUUUUCACAGCCUUUCGUUCCACUUCGUACAUAAACUCACCUAGAAAUACUCGCUAACAACUAUUUUCUGCACCUCAUAUAGCUAAAGUCAACAAGAAUGGAUAGAAGGCGUGUACCACCGCGACCUCAGGAAGGUAUGUUCUCACGCUCAGAUCAUCGCCCUCAGACAACCCGAACGGUGCGGACUGCUCACUUAGCAUCAGAGGUAGAAUGCUGGUCGCAAGCAUCUAAGUCAUUGGUAGCAUUCUCCAAUAUUUAUGCCAACCCUAGCAGCCUCGAAACUAUCGGGCGCGUCAACAGACUAAUCUCCGCGUGGCCCACUGAUGACGUCCUUCCGGCUGAAGGGUAUGAUCACUUGAAAACCAAUUACAAACGGCUGUCUUCAGCCUUGAAAGAUGUUCAACACAUUAAUGAAGAGGAAGUCAAGGCCAUCGAGAAUGUUAUCGAAAAACUCGACGUUUUGAUAGCCCUUCGAAAAGCACCAGAGUUGCCCUCACAAGAGAAGCGAAACAAGCGCCCAAGGCCCCCAUCACCUAGUACUGCCACGGCCACGUCAGUUACGCCACCCCUGAUGUCUGCCACGCGGCCUAUGACAACACAAGUAACGUCUUCGCGAAGCUCGACAGGCCCUUCUCCUGCUAUCCCAUUUUCGAGAGAGCCAAAGGCUCGCAGAGAAGCUCUUGCGAAGCAGCUGCCAUUACAAGAAGGGCGAAAAGUUGCGUUCCAUCCACCUGCGGGAAAGGCAGCUGACGGUAGCACGGCUGACGCUGAUGAAACAUGGAUCCUGGCUGUUAUCACAAAGUGUAUAAAUCAGGAUAAGAAUCGGUAUGAAGUGCAAGACGUUGAACCUCAAGAAGACGGACAGCCUGGACAAUGUUAUAACACAACCCUUCGAGCCAUUAUACCACUACCGGAUCCGAACGCCUCUCCAACAAGUGCCGCGCAUUUGAAUGCGUAUCAGGAAUUCCCUGCUGGUUCGACUGUCAUGGCGCUCUAUCCAGACACGAGCUGCUUUUACAGAGCUGAGGUCAUAUCCCCCCCGAGAGACGUACCAGGACGCGGUGUGACCACCAAGACCAUUGCCUCGUACUACCAGCUCAAGUUUGAAGAUGAUGACGACCAAGAACAUUCUGUUGCUGCACAGUGGGUUGUUGAGUGGCCCAAAUCAUGACUAUAUCACAUGUCUUGGCAUUAAGUAUCUUUAUUUACCAUGAUUUCUUGAAUGUCCAUGAUGUUUCUAGGCAGUCUGCCAG